AUGUCAUUCUGAAGUAUCACUUCAGGAACUGGGAACCCUACAGUCAACUUCUGAAAGACAUGCAGUACACACAAGGUGGUCCAUUGCUGGACAUCACUAUGGAGUUAGGUGAACUGGAGGAAGUUCAUCUGCCACACUUUGUCUGUUUAGGGACCAACCCUUCCCUGAGGAAUGAGAUGAAGAUUCUUCAUGUAGAGGAACAUGGAGUGUCUUUAGAGGAAGUGCAUGAGGUCACCAGAUUCCAUGCUAAGAUUCUCCAUCCCAAGUUCUCACCUAUCUCUCUGAUACUGAGAUUACUGUCUAGGAACGUAGAUGUCCACUGUGAGCUGAUGCUCUAUCUGACAGUGAUGAAGGAAACACUAAUUCCACGCCUGUACCUGUUCCCCAGUGACCCCGGCCAGAUACAGGCUGUGCAACAACAGGAAAUAAAGUUUCAAGGGUCUAAAAGGAUUCCCAUCACAAGACCAGAGCGGUCCUUCAAACUGAAGAGUUCCUUCAGACUGAACAUUCCCUGUUCUACCUCCAUCAAUCCACCGAGGAUUCAUCUCAUACAUAGAGACACCACACCAAGCUUUUUCAAGGCGGUUGUGAAAAUGACAGGGAUUGACAUUGAGAUGGAAUUAUUCGGUGAUGAUGAGAGGACAGUAUGGACAGAAAUAGUAUCACGAGAUGAAUACUAUCAGAACCAAGCAUUAACACUCUCUGGGAUUCCUGCUGAGGAGUUUCUGAAGAAACACAGGGCUGAACUCAUUCAGGGAGUCAAAAACCCAAUGCCAAUAGCAGAUGAUCUGUUGUCAAAGAGCAUGAUUGGUGAUGAAGAGUACUCCAGAAUAAAAGCUGAAACAACUGAACAGGAGCGAAUGAGAGAACUACUGAACGCAGUCCUCCCUAAAGGACCAGAAGUGAUGGGAGCUUGUCUCAAAGCUCUCAGUGAACAUGAACACCAUCUUGUUAAGUACUUGAGUGAAUCGAGCACCUAAUCUGAAGAUGCUGAGGCCUGUCUCCUAGUCUGUGGACAAAGACACUUCUCCACCUAAUCUGAAGAUGCUGAGGCCUGUCUCCUAGUCUGUGGACAAAGACACUUCUCCACCUAAUCUGAAGAUUCUGAGGCCUGUCUCCUAGUCUGUGGACAAAGACACUUCUCCACCUAAUCUGAAGAUGCUGAGGCCUGUCUCCUAGUCUGUGGA